GGACAACAUAAUCCAAAAUCUUCAUGUCUGAUAGAUUAUAACCUUGAUGUGUAUUUGCAUCCUUUGCACCUUUUAAGUACAGCCUCCUAUUUUUUCACCCUCAUAAAUUAGCUCCACCAUGUUCUCAGAAGUAUUUCUUUUAACAACAGUGUGGAGGAAACAGUUUCCUUUGAUCAAAAUGGCGAAUUGCUUGCUGGAUUUGACAUUAUAAACUGGAUCACAUUUCCAAACUACUCCUUCCUCAGGGUCAAAGUUGGAAAGAUUGAGCCCAUGGUUCACCAGGACAAUGUCUUCAUCAUUGAUGAGGAUGUCAUCGUAUGGCCCAACCAGUUUAAACAGAUAUGCCCCAUUUCCAUAUGCAAUGAUCACUGCAGUUCAGGUUAUAGAAGAGCUAAGAAAGAAGGGAAGGCAUUUUGCUGCUAUGAUUGCUUUCCAUGUCCAGAAGGGAAGAUUUCAAACCAGAAAGCUCAUUUAUGGCUCUGCUCCGGUGAUGAAUGAUAAAAGCCCAGGGCUUCCCUUCUACCAGAUGGCAGCCUCAGAAGCCCUUCAGUAUGAGGGAAUUCUCUCUUUGCUUCUGCAUUUCAGGUGGACGUGGAUUGGAAUUAUUGCAACAGACAAUGACAAUGGAGAAAGAUUUGUGCAAACCAUUUCCCCAAUGUUUACCAAGAGUGGUGUCUGCUUUGCAUUCAUAGAAAGAAUCCCCAAUUUUAGUUUUAUUUCUGAAAUUCCUGGAAUGCUAACACAGGGGGCAACAAUAAAUGAGAAAAUCUUUAGCAGCAAAGCUAACGUAGUGGUUGCCUCUGGAGAAUCUUACUCCAUGACAACUUUGAGAUUGCUUUCAUACUUUUCAGAACAUGAUGACAAGACAAAGAAUGUAGAAAGUAAAGUAUGGAUAAUAUCAGCCCAGGUUGAGUUUGCUUCAUUUGUCUUUCAAAGGUAUUGGGAUGCAGGAAUAUUCAAUGGCGCUAUAGCCUUUGAAAUUCACAUUAGAAACCCACCAGGAUUUCAUCAGUAUGUUCUGCACAGAAACCCUUCCAGCACAGAUGGGGACGGAUUUAUCAGGGACUUCUGGCAACAGGCCUUUGAAUGUGUGUUCCCAGAUAUCACUGCAGACAAGACAGAGGGGAAUAUUUGCACCGGAGAAGAGAAGCUGGAGAACCUUCCUGGAUCACUUUUUGAAAUGAGCAUGACAGGCCACAGUUUCAGCAUCCACAGUGCUGUCUACGCCAUGGCCCAUGCUUUACAUGCCAUGUCCACAUCCAGACUCAGACAUAGAAGAAUGGCAUACAAAGAGAAAGGGAAGAAUCUGAAUCAACCAUUUUGGCAGCUCCAUCACUUUCUGAGAAGCAUCUCAUUUAACAAUACGGCUGGAGAUGUGGUCUUCAUCAACCAGAAUGGGGAGGCAGCAUCUAGCUUGGAUAUUAACAAUUGGAUCAUAUUUGCCAACCAAAGUUUUCACAGAGUGAGAGUUGGGAGGAUAGAUCCUCAGGCUCCACCAGACCAAUCAUUCAUCCUUGAUGCAGAUGCCAUAACAUGGCACAGUUGGUUUAACCAGACUCAGCCUCUUUCUGUCUGUACUGAGAGAUGUCUUCCAGGAUCCAGCAAGAAAGUGAAGGAGGGACAGCCCCCUUGCUGCUACGAUUGCAUCCCAUGUCCAGAGGGGAAGAUUGCAAACCAGUAUGAUAUGAAUGACUGUUAUAAAUGCCCAGACAAAGAAUAUCCAAGCAAGAACCGGGAUGCAUGUCUACCCAAGGAUAUCAGCUUCUUGUCUUACGAAGAACCUUUGGGCAUCAGUUUAGCCUGCUGCUCUCUUUCCCUUUCCUUGAUCACUGCUCUGGUACUAGGUACAUUUAUGAAACACCAUGACACACCCAUUGUCAUUGCAAACAACCGAAACCUCACCUACACUCUCCUCAUCACUCUCCUGCUCUGCUUCCUGUGUGCAUUGCUCUUCAUUGGCCGACCUGAGAAGGUGACGUGCCUCCUCCGACAAACAGCUUUUGGCAUCAUCUUCUCAACUGCUGUUUCUUGUGUCCUGGCAAAAACCUUCACGGUGGUUUUGGCCUUCAUGGCUACAAAACCAGAAUCCAGGAUGAGGAAAUGGGUGGGGAAAGGACUAGGCCACUCCAUUCUCCUUUCCUGCUCCAUAGUCCAAGUAGGCAUAUGCACUGUGUGGCUGGCAACCUCUCCCCCAUACCCAGAUGUGGACAUGCACUCUGUGAUGGAAGAAAUCAUACUAGAAUGCAAUGAAGGAUCUGUGACAAUGUUUUACUGUGUCCUCAUCUACAUGAGUUGUCUGGCAACUGUCAGUUUUGCUGUGGCUUUCCUCGCCAGGAAGUUACCAGACAGUUUCAACGAAGCCAAGUUUAUCACUUUCAGCAUGUUGGUCUUCUGCAGUGUUUGGCUGUCCUUUAUUCCUUCCUACCUGAGCACCAAGGGAAAAUAUAUGGUGGCAGUGGAGAUCUUCUCCAUCUUAGCCUCCGGUGUUGGGUUGCUUGUUUGCAUCUUUUCUCCCAAAUGUUAUAUAAUCAUUCUGAGGCCUGAGCUGAACAAUAGGGAACAGCUAAUAAGGAAAAAAAAUUAAAGAAAUAAUAACCUGUCCUUCUGUUGUAUUUUGUGCUUUUUUCUUUGUGUACACUAGAAUAUUUGCAAAUACGUGUUCAGCAGCUGCCUUAUAUGGGUUUUCUAGACAUGGUAAUUAAUGAUUGCCCAUCAUAAAUAUUGACUAUUGAAUUCACCCCAGAGAAAAGUGUGAGCAGGGGAUUAACCUCUGAUGCUCUGAAAAAUCUGCCUUAAUGCUGUAUUGAUUUUAACACUUGAU